AUGCCCAUAGCGCGAGUGCAAAACGUUCGCUUUGCGAAGAGUACAGUCAAUCUAGGUGAACCAUUAGUGUGCCUAUCUGACUCCGAACCUGAUGCUCAUCAUUGGACAUGGACAGUCCGAUCUCUAGCCUCAAGACACUUUAGAAUUAAGCACAACUACAUAAAGUUUCGUGUGUAUGGGACAUUCGAGGUUAAAUGUGAAGCGUUCAAUAAAAUUGGAGACGAGAAUACAUCAGAUUCCUACGUAGCUUCAAUUAGUGUUGUGGGAGCAGUUCAUGAUGUUCGUUUUGAUAAGAAAACUAUUAAAGUCGGUGGGACUAUAAAAUGUCUUUCGACUUCAGGUCCCAGAGCAAAUCGAUGGACGUGGUUCGUCAACUCAACAAUAGGGUACAAACUGGAUAGAGAUGUGUUCAUUAUAUCACGCAACACCAUGACUUUUAUGAGGGAGGGAGUUUACAAGCUGAUAUGCAUAGCUUACAACAAAAUUUCUGGUAAUAUGAAAUUUAGUUUUUCCGCCUCUUACAUCAGGGUCCUUGGUUGGUUAUCAAAAAUUUUGCUAUCUUUUUGUUUCAGCAUUUUUUUAAUGCCGUAA